AUGGAAAGGAAUGGUUCUUCAAAAUUAGGUCAGGUGCUCAUGCUUCUUCUUUUUCUUACCAUCCUCUUUCACCAUACCGGAUCUGCGUUGCCUUAUGAUCAUGAACAACUCUCAGUGACUGGGAGGAGAAUAAUGGCGUAUUAUAAGCGCAAUGGUGCCAUAGGAACACCAUCAUCACGAAGUCGACGAGGCGGUGGUGGUCACGGACCUCACGGAAGGAGAUUGAUGAGUAUAUAUAAGCCACACAGAGACAUAUUCACAGGACCAUCAAGCAGUGGACAUGGAUGGAGAAGAAAGAUGGCACGAGUAAAGUCGUCAAAGAGUGAUCGAGCCAUCGAGGUAAAGGAGGAGGUGGACCUGGUGCUGGUGGCUAUCAUUUACCAUUGCCUCCACCACCACUACCAAGUACCACCAGUAUCACCACCGCCGUCACCAUUUCCCAUGUGUCCGCCAUCAUCAGAGUAA